UAAAAACAAAACCUUUCACUCUUACACCUAUUAAAACUCCCCACCAUUUUCGCUUCUCUCUCUCUCUCUCUCAUGAUGCUCUGUUCUUCUUCUACUACAAGCCAUUUUCAUCUCUGAAUCGCCGACGUUGCGAAUGGGCAAAGCCUACAAGUGGUUCAGAAGUCUCCUCGGCCUCAAGAGCAUCGACCCAGCCCACAAUCAGAAACCGUCGCCCAAGAAGAAGUGGAGUUUUGCCAAGUCCCACAAGGGAAAGGAUCCUCUCAAGCCUCUGCAGCACGCCGUCGUUCCGGGUGCCCACAACGAUGAUGAAGCCAGCAAGCACGCCAUCGCGGUGGCUGCUGCCACCGCUGCAGUUGCUGAGGCUGCUGUGGCCGCGGCUCAGGCUGCUGCUGCUGUUGUCCAGCUGACAAGCAGCGGCCGGAAUAUUUCUGUGGCGGGGAGUGUUGGCGACGAUACCGCUGUGGCAAGUGUUACUCAAAGUGGCGCAGGUUACGGGAGCCGAGAGGAGUGGGCCGCUGUUACGAUUCAGUCCCAUUUUCGUGCUUAUCUGUCAAGAAGAGCUUUACGGGCACUGAAAGCAUUGGUCAAGCUUCAAGCACUGGUCAGAGGUCACCUUGUGAGGAAGCAAACUGCAUAUGUUCUAAAACGGCUGCAGGCACUUCUAAGAGCACAAGUGAGAGCUCGGACAGGCCGAAUUCUGAUUUCUGAAUCCCCACAUUCGAACACAAAGCCCUCUCAGUUCAACUACCCGGGGCCGGGAACUCCUGACAAAUUUGAGCAUGUUGUGCGGGCAAGGAGCAUGAAGCAUGACCAUUUGAUGAUGCUUGAGAGAAAUGGUUCAAAAUCAACUGGCAGUGUGAACUAUGAUCCAGAAAAACAGCGUAUUUGGAUGGACAGCAGAAUGGGCGAAAGAUUGUGGGAACAAGCAUCUUUUACCAGAACUCUUCCCCCAGAAGAUGACAGAGCUUACAAGAUUCUUGAAGUGGAUACUGGGAAUCCGAACUCUAUGUCCAGACGCAGGAGCCUCUUCUAUUCAUCCCAUCUUAGCAUGGGCUCAGACCAGAACUGUCAAAGCUUUUCUACAUCAAAGGACUCAACAACCCGUCAAUCAGUUCUGAGUCCAUCAUCAGGUGAAGCUCAAUCUUUGAGCCCUCUGAAGUUUGUACAAGACGUCGAUGAAAGUGCUUUCUGCACUGCCGACAAUAGUCCCACAUUCUUAUCGGCAUCAUCAAGAGGUGGAAGCUCUAAGAGGGGGGCAAUAUUUACCCCUGCCAAGAGCGAUGGAACAAGAAGCUGUCUUAGUGGUUACUCUGAUCAUCCAAACUAUAUGGCUUACACUGAAUCAUCAAAAGCUAAGGUGAGAUCCCUCAGUGCCCCAAAACAACGUCCUCAGUUCGAGAGAUCGAGUUCUACGAAGAGAUACUCAGUUCAUGGAUGUGGUGAUUCGAGGCCUGCCCAGAGGGUUUCUGCACUGCAUGCCAAUUUCACCAACAAAGCUUAUCCAGGAUCUGGCCGCCUGGACAGGCUUGGGAUGCCCAUUAGAGGCGAUCUUGCUGGACCUACUUGCAGUCAUUGGCACAGAUCUUAGUAGGUUUCAGUUUCUCUUGGUUGUUCACUAAUUACUAAUGCGGCAAGUUAGAAUACCUUUACCCAGCCUGCUAUGAUCGUUUCGUCUUCAUGUAGAUCACAGUUAACGUUGGAUUUCAAGAAUAAUGCAUUGGCAAUUUGUAACUGCAAAGAACUGACUCCUAUUUUAUCAUGGUACCCAAUUUAUAGGAUGUUUUUUACUCCCCA